AUGAGUUCAUCAUCAAAGACAGAUGAAAAAGUGCUCGUGAGCGGAGCCUCGGGUUUUAUUGCCUUGCACGUUCUGAACGUCUUAUUAUCAGAAGGGUACCACGUCAUCGGUACAGUACGUUCUAAGGAAAAGGGGGAUAGAAUCAACAACUCUUUUGAGAAAUUGUAUCCGUAUGCGAAGUUGGAAUUUGUGAUCGUGCCAGACAUCGCCGCUGCAAACGCAUUUGAUGAUGUGUUCAUAAAUAAUCCCGGAAUACAGCAUGUGAUCCAUGUGGCAUCACCAUGCUCAUUCGGCUCCAACCAAUCAAUGGAAGAAACGUACUUGAUUCCUGCCACUCAAGGUACACGGAAUAUGUUAGAGGCCACUAAAACUUACGGCAAGAAUGUAAAACAUGUUGUGUUGACCUCUUCGUUUGCCUCUAUCUUGAACGCCGAUCGCGAGGAGGAUCCUACGUUUAUCCAUACUGAAAAAACUUGGAAUCCAAUUACAUGGGAAGAAGCCAAACAAAACAAGUUCACGUCGUACAUUGCUUCGAAGAAAGCUGCAGAGCAGCUUGCUUGGAAAUUUUUAGAGGAAAACAAGGGUAACAUUGAUUUCACACUAACUACAGUCAACCCACCCUACGUUUUUGGCCCUCAAAUGUUUGAGUGGGGAGUUGAGCCUGCUUCACUCAACGCAUCAGCAGAUGUUGUGAACAGAGCGUUAAAAGUCCCUUUUGAUUUCAAGGGACCUUUUGACAAGCCAGGCGGGGUAUCAUGUGAUGUUCGUGAUGUUGCUUUACUGCAUAUGUUACCAUUGAGAAACGAAAAUCUUGCGGGCCACAGAUUGAUGCCUUUCAGUGGUACCGGUGUGAAACAGCACAACUACUCGGAUGCCUAUUUCAAUUUACAAAGGCUCCUCGAUGUUUUUAAUGCUAAAUUCCCAGAGCUAAGAGGUAAAAUCUCACCUGGUAAUAUCAGCGAUAACACGCCUUAUUUGGAGAAAAACUUCCAUUACAAUAAUGAUGAAACUUGUCAGUUGACGGGAAUAGAAUUCAAACCAUUCGAGGUCACGAUUUACGAUGCCGUGAAGCAAAUCUUGGAUCACCGGAAAUCUCAAAGUAAAGCUUGA